UAUCUGCUGUUUAAUCUGUUUCUGGGAUUUGUCCUCCCGUGCAGCAGGAGGCAGUAAAGCUCAAUAAAGACAGAAACUCGAGCGCAUUCGAGGAAAAGCACCGGAUGUGUUCAUCCUAAAUCUGACAAUAAACACAGCCGUUUUAUUCAUUCUCAAUUUGCCAUAACACAGCAAAGGCUACAAAUUAAUAUCUACAGUUGUGAGUGUGUGUUUGUGUUUGUGUUUAUCCGCAGCAUCAUGUCUGCAGAUCUGGAUCUGUCUCCUCCGGAAGUUCCCGAACCCACUCUCUUCGAGAGCCUCUUGCGUUAUGGAUUAUUUCUAGGGGCCAUUUUUCAACUCAUCUGCAUUUUAGCUAUAAUUAUACCCACAUCCAAGAGCCACGAACAGAUGAACGACGUGAAGGUGGAGCCGUCGGAGCCGGUGGACACUCGCAGCUCUGAGCAGAACCGAAAGCCAAAGGGACCCGUUCAACAAAUCCGACAGAAGCUGAAAAAGGAGAGCAAGAAGAAGAGAUAAAGUGUGUGUGUGUAUAUACUGACUGACUGACUGUGUAAAUGAGAGGAAAACACUAAAUGUGCAGCAGGAACCUUGUGUAAAGAUUCGGCUGUGGAUUUGCUAUUGACUUAGAGGAUGUGCAUCGAUGAGAUAUUGUUCAGUUCAGCCAUUAUAACAUCUGAUUUCAGUUUGGAUGUUGCCACAUAUUUCAAAACAGUGUUAUGUCACACAUUAUAUAUGUAUGUGUUUUUGCAUAAUCUUUUUUAUUGCUUUUUUUGAAUACCUUCAUUUGAAUAAACUGAUGGCUGUC